CGAUAAUCAAUCCCCACUUUGAGAGUCCGUUUGAUUAGAAAGGGGUGCCUAGCCGCCCAGGCGCCUUCACUCAAAGCCGAAGCUAUGCCGGCGAUUUCGUUCCCUUCACUAAUUAUCAACUGCCACAACUAUCACGUCCUCCCGCGGCUGACAACCGCACUCGCUCUUCCCCGCCAUUUAAAUCUUUCGUUCUUUUCACAGUCCAGCUUCCGGUUUAGAGCUCAUUCGACUUCCUCACCCUCAUUAUGUGCAGAAUCAUCUGCACAGUCUCCCAAUGCCCGUUCUGGCAGGUCUGGUUCUCUCGCUGGACCUCCGGUUCAGCUUGAUGGCGUGCAGAAAAUUGAUGUCAAUCCUCCGAAAGGAACCAGGGACUUCCCACCGGAAGACAUGCGUCUUCGCAAUUGGCUCUUUCAGAACUUCAGAGAGGUUUCACAGCUGUUUGGGUUCGAAGAGGUAGAUUUUCCAGUGCUAGAGUCAGAAGCACUGUUUAUUAGGAAGGCUGGAGAGGAAAUUAGAGACCAGCUUUACUGUUUUGAAGAUCGGGGAAACCGCCGAGUUGCACUGAGACCUGAACUAACACCUUCCUUGGCACGACUUGUGAUACAGAAAGGAAAAUCAGUACCCCUUCCACUAAAAUGGUUUGCCAUUGGGCAGUGCUGGCGCUACGAAAGAAUGACUAGAGGCCGACGUCGUGAACAUUACCAGUGGAACAUGGAUAUCAUUGGCAUUCCGGAUGUUACUGCUGAAGCUGAGCUAAUUUCAGCAAUCAUUACCUUUUUCAAACGCAUCGGGAUCACUGCUUCAGACAUUGGGUUCAAGAUCUCUAGUCGGAAGGUUUUGCAAGAAGUACUGCAUUGCUACUCUGUUCCAGAAAAUAUGUUCAGUAGGGUGUGCGUAAUUAUAGAUAAGUUAGAAAAGAUUCCUAUUGAUGACAUUAAGAAAGAGCUUAAAUCAGCUGAGCUGUCCGAUGUGGCAAUUCAAGAGCUGUUGCAAGUGCUCAGUGUGAAUUCUUUAGAGAAGUUGGAAGAGAAGCUUGGGACUGCUACCGAAGCAGUUACUGAUGUGAAGAAAUUGUUUUCAUUGGCUGAGAAGUAUGGCUAUUCUGAGUGGAUUCAGUUUGAUGCAUCAGUUGUACGCGGAUUAGCCUAUUAUACUGGCAUCGUAUUUGAGGGAUUUGACAGAGGAGGAAAACUGCGAGCCAUAUGUGGUGGCGGACGAUAUGAUAGCUUACUCUCUACUUUUGGAGGAGAUGAUCUUCCAGCUUGUGGCUUUGGAUUUGGUGAUGCAGUCAUAGUUGAACUUCUGAAGGAGAAGGGGCUUGUACCAGAACUGAGUCUGCAAGUAGACGACAUAGUCUGCUCUCUGGACCCCAAUCUCCAAGGUGCAGCUUCUUCAGUUGCAACCAUACUUCGGGAUAAGGGGCAGACAGUCGAUUUGGUUUUGGAAAACAAACCACUUAAAUGGGUGUUCAAACGGGCGGCUCGGAUGAAUGCUGGCAGGCUGAUCUUAGUUGGGAGUGACGAGUGGCACAGAGGAAUGGUGGGUGUUAAAAUUCUUUCCUCUGGUGAGCAAUAUGAGGUCAAAGUGGAUGAACUUCAGUAGCAAUGAUGUGAUUGAUAUGCAGCACUUUAUUAACUAUUUAUUUUGUUCUUUUAUAUUUAAAACUGCAAUUAAUUCUGCUGCUAACAAUUGUUAAAUGACAAAUUUAUCCUCUUUUGUUAAAUUUAUAUUUAUUUGUUUUAGUCAGUUAAUCAAUCCAUAAAAUUAUCUGAAAUAAAUGUUAUGAACAGUACUAUUCGAUGUAUUUAUAUAAAAGUAUAAUUAG